AUGUCCCAUCACCUUCAGGACGUUACUGUUGUUGGUAUCGGCAACAUUGGCGCCGCCGUGAGCCGCACACUUCUAAAGUCCGGCAGCCGUGUGACUAUCUGGAAUAGGACUGCCAGUCGUAUCCAGAUACAAUCUCUGAUCUCCGAUGGUGCUACGUUCGAACCGGAUAUCGAAGCAGCUAUUGCCAAGGGUGUUAAAGCGGUCUUGUUUUGCGUGCUGAACUACGACGCUAUUUAUCAGCUACUCGAUUUUUGCCCGACCGCAAUUGACGGCAAAAUUCUCGUCAAUUUCAGCAACGGUACACCACGUCAGGCUAUUGAAAUGCAGACAUGGACCAAGAGAAACGGAGCGGCCCAAUAUUUCGACGGAGCUAUCAUGGCAACGCCGCAACUGAUCGGGACUCCUAGCUCAACAAUCCUCUGCAGUGGCGAGACCCAAGAGAGCUUUCAAGUCAUUUCUGGGCUCCUUGAGCAUCUUGGUCAGCCUUAUUAUGAUGGUCCCGAUGCUGGUGCAGCGGAGUCAUUGGAUAUAGCGGCCCUUCUGGCCAUGUUCGGCAUGUUUUCUGGGGCUUUAGUUGGCAUGGGACUUCUCAGCAGGACACGGCGGCAGCUCGAUAGCCGCGACGGCAAGGUCAGCCCCAGUGUAAACAAUAUCGUGGUUCCUGUACUCCAGAUGAUGACAUCGUAUGUCGGCCGCUUAGCGGAACUCAUGGAUGAAAAGGCUUGGGACAAUGACAUGGGAAACGCUCUUGGCAUGCAGCUCGACGGACUCAGGAAUGCUCUGCGAGCAUGCAAAGAAGAAGGAGUGGAUGAAAGCGGGUUGAAGUCAUUUGAGUCACUUAUGCAACAAGCCGUCAAGGAACGGGGAGGCAAUGGAGGAUUGGCCCAAGUGAUACAAUAUAUUCUUAAAGACGAUAGAAUGUAA